AUGAGUUUAUCUCGUGGUAUCUUAGGAGACCUUCUCUACCAUUUGAAGAAGACAUUCAUGCGAUACGAGCUGCAUCAAAGAAAGGAUAGUCAUCAGGGACGAAACAUAAGUAUAAACUUGAGUCGCACACUAAUUGAAAAAAAAAAAAAAAUCAAUGGAAAAGCUAGGCCGGGAUCAUUCGUCUCCACCAAAGUCUCAAUGAAGCAAAUGCAAGAAACUGUUUACAAGAAGAAACUGAAGGGAAAGAGUGAAGACAAUGGGAAUGGAAGCCCAUAA